AUGAUUGUGAUAUGUACGAGAGAGCUAUGGGAAAGACAUCUGAGAUUCGACAAUGACAUGAGUUUGAAAGAAAAAGGAAGCGCACAAAUGAAAAUGAGAAUGGAAAUCAACGAAGCGAAUUUUUUGGUUUCUGACAAUUUAGAGCAUUAUUCAAAGGCGGAAUUGACAGUAAAAUCUCUUCGCCAUUGUCAAACUAAGUGA